AAAUAAUAUACUUAUGGAUGCGUAAUAGGAGUUAUAUGAGAAUAUGGCGGACGGGCAAGAGAAAAGUCAUCCUCCGGUGGUGGUAGACCAGCAGGAGACACCAUUAGAGAAACAUGAAACAGAACCACUUAAGGGGAAAAUGUCUAUAGCUCCAUCUGUGGUGUCAAAUAAGCCAGACGCGAAGACGCACCACGUGAGUGUCCACCAAAGUGAGCAUCGAUCCGAAGCCAUCGAACUUACUACUUUGCAAAUGGAAAAGAAGAGAGGAGUCAUCAUUCCCUCAUCACACCCGAUUCCUGCUGAUGUGAAGUCGGUGCAUUCUUCCGACUCCCGAUUAGAUCAAGACAAGAAACCGCCCAAAGGUGAUGGAAAAGAAAUUGAUGAGAACGGAUGUAAACAGAAAAAUAGCAAGAUAGACGAAAAGAAAUCUGAGUGGGAUGCUACAUUACAAGUGGCAGAAAUGAAAGAAGUUUCGUGGCACAAGCGAGGAGUAGAGGAAAACGAACUUUUCCAGGAGGUAGAUCUACCAAGCACAUCGUUGACGCUGGUUCGCAAGGCGUCAGUCGGGCCGUGCAGAACCUUCGCUUCUGUUGGAGGACCUUCGGGCAUCAGCAUCAACAUACCACGGAAAUCUUCAAAAUGUAUCAACAAAGUUUCAGGAAUCAACGUAACUAUAUCAAAGAAGAGCCUGGCGGCAUCGCUGCCUCCAAAAUUUAAAGAGCAAGAUGACGUCACAAGUGACGCAGAAAAUACUGAGAAGAAUAUCAAAGGCCAACAGAAAUCGGGGAAUUUCCGUUUUUUGAAGUGCUUACGAGCGUUGUUUGGAAAAAAAUGA